GCAAAUCUCGACGAAUGCGGGCGCAUGUCAAUCACCGGGCUCUCAUGUGAUGGCUCUUGCCGGUGACGUGCCAGCCAUAUGGGCGCUGGCAUCACAGCCUUAGCUGACGCCUGCGCUCCGGUUUGUUGGAGUGCGUGCCGGUGGAGGAGGACACUGACCUGCAUCAGCAUCAGCAUCAGCACCAGCAUCAGCAUCAGCAUCAGCACCGCUGCGCCUCCUGCACUUGUGCGCUCCAGUCCCUGAAGAUGGUCUGAACUAAAGAGACUUGCUCUUUUUUUUCUCGCCUUCCGUCCGCUGUGAAGAGCGUGAGCCGAGAGCCAGAAUGUUAACCAGGCUUUUCAGUGACCCUUCGCUGCUUCCCGACGUCCAGAAAUACUCUGCCUGGGCGGAAGACAGCGACGACGACGACGACGACGACAAAGUCAAAGAUGAUGACAUGGACCUGCAGGACGACAUGGACUCCUCCGACCUGAGAGGAGACAGUCGGACGCAGUCCGAGCACGCCGGAGAAGACGACGAGGACGACGAUGCGGAGGAAGAGGACGACGGGGAGGACACAGAGGGGGACAGGCCCAAGAAAAGGGGCCCCAAGAAGCGCAAAAUGACUCCGGCGCGCAUUGAGCGCUCCAAGAUGCGGCGGAUAAAGGCGAACGCCCGAGAACGGACCCGCAUGCACGACCUGAACUCUGCGCUCGACAAUCUGCGUAAAGUGGUGCCCUGUUACUCCAAAACGCAAAAACUGUCCAAAAUAGAGACGCUGCGGUUGGCCAAAAACUACAUCUGGGCCCUGUCGGAGAUAUUGCGCUCUGGGAAAAGGCCCGACCUCGUGUCUUAUGUCCAGACACUGUGCAAGGGGCUGUCCCAGCCCACCACCAACCUGGUGGCGGGCUGUCUGCAGCUCAACUCCCGCAACUUCCUCACUGAGCAGCAGUGUCAGGACGGCGGCAGGUACGGCUCCGGCUCCUUCUCCAUGCAUUCCUACCCGUACCAGUGCGCGCGUCUGUCCAGCCCCCACUGCCCGCCGGGCUCCAACUCCCACCCGCUGAGGACGCACGGUUAUUACGACUCGGUGUACGGUGGGAGCGGAUCCCCGGAGUAUAACAGUCCUGAAUACGAGGGACCUGUCAGUCCACCUCUCUGCAUCAAUGGAAACUUUUCCCUAAAGCACCAAGGCCCCGCGUCCCCCGAAAACGAGAAGGGGUACCACUACUCUAUGCAUUACUCCGGCCUGCCCGGCUCCAGGCCCUCCGGGGCCCACAACCUGGUGUUUGGCUCCUCAGGGCCCCGGAGCGGCAUUCACUCUGAGAACGUCCUGCCUUACCACGACAUGCACUUACACCACGAAAGGGCCCCCGUGUAUGAUGAACUGAACGCAUUUUUUCACAAUUAAACGACAAGAUCAUCAUGCGUCAUCUUAAGAAUCUAACCACAAAUCACUUUGGAGGAAGCUGACCCACCAAGAUUGAGGCAUUCUGGAAAGGUCUCUCACUCGUUGUCAUUAGUGGUUAUGAUUUUAUUUGCUCAGUCUUAAGUCUGUGUUGCUGUAGUCAGGGAUGCAAUGGAGGGUUUCCCACCUCACCCAUCAUGUUAUUUUGCGCAAUAAAAGCUUUCAUCGUUAAAGGGAUUCAAUACACAAAUCCUACCUGUGAAUUUUUGGAUUUGUCUGUGAAGAAGAGGAUUCAGAGUUCUUAAUAUUUUUUCACGUGUGAUUUGUGUUUGCAUUGGUGGUAGUUUGCAUUAUGAUGGGGGGACGUGAAGGUUUACCGAGUCUUGUUAGAUUACAUGACCGGCUACAGCUGACAUGGUGGUGGGGAAUUACAAAUGUUUGAAGGACAUUAAAAAAAUGCAAAUUAUAUUAACCUAAAUGUGAACAUGGGAUUUAAAAGUGGUUUUCGUAAAUACAUGAAUCUAAAAGAAUGGCAGGGAGGAAAUGUGGUAGUUGGGUUGUUUUCAAGUCAUUGGCUCGUCAGAAUAUCAGUAGUUUCGCAUCUAUGCAAAACCCAGUGAGACCAUAAAGUGAGGCAGCAAGGCCCAGACACACGCCCGCGCACGAGCACGCGCAGAGCAAUUAACACCCGUCAAAUCAGACAAAGUUUUCACU